CGGGCGUUGUGCGCACGGACACGGUAGCCGAUCGCAAAGUAGGUACCGGUAGCUCAGUAGGUAGCUUGAAGUCCUCGCAGCGCGCACUCCCGCUUUCCCAUCAUGCGCCCACCAUCUACCUCUCUACAAUUGCGAGGACUGGUCCCAUGAAACUUUAUGGUCCAUGCAUCUCAGCGCACAGCAGCAGACAUCGCUGCCACUGAUGGACGGUAAACCCCGCGGGUCCUCAGAAGCGCCCGGCGCCGCUCGCUACGAUUGGACACAGAAUCUUGCCGAUACAGAUCACAUACGUCUCUUUCGCGAAACCGACUGGACUCGCAAUGGCCUGGGGUCACUGCAAGAUUGGGAUUCCACUUUGCAACUGUUCGCAAACUUUGUAUUCGCAGACUCGCGACCCGCUUGUUUGUGGUGGGGACCGGAGUAUGUUGCCAUCUACAACGACGCGUUCGCCCCAAUGUGCCACGGAGUGCACCCCACGCUUAUGGGCUCGACGUAUGCAGAGAGUUUUCCUGAAAUCUGGCCUCAAAUUCGUGCGAUGUGCCAAGAAAGCAUAAAGACCGGUGUUGGGCAAAAUGUCACCUCGGAUGCGCCCUUACUCGUUGAGCGAAAUGGGUGGAAGGAGGAGGCCUUUUUUUCGGGAUCUUUUGUUCCCAUAGGUCCGCAUGAUCGUCCAUUGGGUUUCUACAACUCAGCCUUUGAAGUCACCGAACAGAAGCUUGCCGACCGUCGCACAUCUAUGUUGAACAAACUUGCUGCUGUUCCCUCCCAAAACGUCGAUGCUGUCACCGAUCACGUCCUUGCCACGUUGACGACAAAUAGUUACGAUGUGCCGCUAGCCAUGCUAUAUCAAGUGAGAGGUGACACCGAGCUGACUACACUCGAGUUGCAGGGUCACAUUGGGCUACCUGAAGGACACCAAUUGCUGGUAAAAGUUGCAGAGCUCUCUAGCAGCAAGGGACUGGUUCCUGAUCUACGACGUGCGAGAUGCGGGCCUUGCUUCAUCAACUUUGACGAGCGCUUUCGAUCCGUGUCUUGGCAAGGAUGGGGGGCGCCGUCUGAGAAAAUCGCGAUAUUGCCCAUCACAAGCCUCGAUCGUACUUUUGGAUACCUGGUCAUUGGCUUGAACCCCUUCAGGCCCUUUGGUGACGCCUGUCGCCAGUUUGCAACCGACCUGAGCCACAUGGUCUCCACCAUAUUCUCUGCGGCUGUGAACUUCGAGCUUGCUGAGAGUCGUCGCAAGCAGCUCGAGUCCGACCUAGCCUUCUCUAAUCUCCAGCUUCGCCAUCUCGUGAACCAUGCAUCAGUGGGCAUGUGCCACGUUUCUAACGAAGGUCAGAUGCUUUGGGCCAACGAGCAUUACUUCCAGCUUGCAGGAAGAAGUGCAGAUGAGCAUCUAGCCAACUAUUCCUUCUACGAUGUUUACUUAGAAGAGGACCUUCCACAGGUGGAGGGACUAUGGAACAAUCUUAUCUCAGGUAUGGAACAUGUAAAUGCCGAGUUCCGCCUGAAGCGGACGUACACAGCGCCAACUGGCGAGGAGAUGCCAGCUUCCAUUCAGGUUCUUGGGUUUCCUUAUUGCGACUCAAACGGUCGGGUUCGGUCAAUAAUGGCCUGCACCACUGAUAUUUCUCGGUUGAAAUGGGCCGAGAAAUUCCAUGCUCGAUCAGCGAUGGAGGCAAGAGAAGGGAAGAAACAACUGGAGGCUUUCGUCGAUUUCGUCUCUCAUGAGAUGAGAAAUCCUUUGGGUGCUAUCAUGCACUGCGCCGACGCCAUUGUUGCGAUGACCGAGAAGCACAGCUCCGCUAGGAUUGCAGCGGAGUGCUCUGCGACCCUCGCAGACAAUAAGGAAAAGGCUAAGAUCAUCCUGCAAUGUGCCACGCACCAGAGACGUAUACUGGACGACGUAUUAACGCUCAGCAAGCUCAAUUCGACAUUGCUGUCCAUCACACCAGCACCAGUUGCGCCUUCAAGCCUGGUCAGUUCUGUUGUAGGCAUGUUCGAAGCCGAGCUGGGAAGCAACUCAAUUCGCUGCAAAGUCGACGCCGAUCCAUCUAUGUCUGACCUUUCUGUCACUCAGGUCUCUCUGGAUCCAUCCCGAGUUACACAAAUUUUCAUCAACUUGCUCACGAAUGCCAUCAAGUUUGUGAAAGGCUCCAAUGAUCCUUCCAUAACAAUCAAGUACGGCGCGAGCUUGUCGAGUCCGCGGAGUUAUUUUCCUGACAACAUGACCUGGGCCGAUAGCAAACCAAGCAUUGAUAUGAAUGGUCCAGAGUGGGGCACAGGGGAACAGAUAUUCCUCAAUUUCACUGUCCAGGAUACCGGGAUUGGUAUGGACAGUGGCGGCAUUGCUAAGAUUUUCCAACGUUUUUCACAAGCCAAUAUCAAGACGCAUGUGACCUAUGGAGGCAGUGGACUCGGUCUAUUCAUCUCGAAAGAGCUUGCUGAGAAACAAGGUGGUGAGAUCGGGGUGUUUUCUGUGCCUGGGCUGGGCACAACUUUCGGAUUCUAUAUAAAAGUCCGUCGCAGGACAACAGAACAUGUGAUACUCACUAAGCCGUCAAUAGAGCAGGGCUCCAAGCCAACGACACAGCGGCUAAAUGUCCUGUUGGUAGAAGACAACAUAAUCAACCAACAGGUCCUAAGCAAGCAAUUGCGACAAGCAGGAUGUGUGGUUGAAGUCGCUAAUCACGGGCUCGAAGCGUUACAGAGUUUAGACGAGAAGACGUUCGAUGCCGUACUCAUGGAUUCCGAGGUGAGUACAAUGCUUGCAAGCAGCUUUUGAGAAUGUACUAAUUUUACCGUCAAGAUGCCGGUCUUGGACGGUCUGUCAGCUACCCGCUUAAUACGGCAGAAAGAGCUGCAUGGUGAGGGUCUUCUUGGAAAUCCUUUGGCAAGAGGAGUACGAGCGCGAAAACAUCUCCCGAUCAUCGCAGUGACUGCAAACGUCCGUGACGAGCAGAUCACAGCAGCAAUCGAAGCUGGCUCG